GUCACCUGCGGCAUAGUCAAAGGCUUUUGUGCCGGCACGCUGUGGAGGCUGUCAGAGCGGACAUAAAAAAAAAAAAAAAAUAAUAAUAAAAAAAGGGAACAGAAAGUGGGAUGCUUCUUGAUGCCGGUAAAUUAUUUAAGUAACGAACAGUAGCAUAUCCGAAUUCAAAUAAACCGUACUGAAGCCUGCCUGAUCCUUUCGAAUACAUAUUCUAAACAACCAUUGCUGUCCUACAGCAGAUAGGGGUAACCCCCGGUCUCAACCCCCCCGAAGAUUAACGGCUUCCAUCUACAGAGUGUAGGAGCAUAUUUUGUUUCUUGUUUGUAAGAGAUUGCAGCACUAAAAAGAUUAUUGAAAAGCAGCACCGAACACCGAGAGAUGAGGGAACCGCUUUGAUCGACCUUCCAAAUCUUAGAAGUUGCUGCCAAUUUGAGGAAUUUGGUGGAGAACAAAGAGAAAAGGCAAAAUGCAGAACACCCGAAACGGACAUCAAUCGUAUCAUUUUAAAACACAUAUUUAAUGUAUGAAUAUUUAAACUGCAAAUGCAUUUUGUGGAUAGUGAUGGGUGUCUUUUUCUGCUAGUAUCAUCUGUGUCAAGGACAUCAGCCAGAACAAGUUACAGAAUAACGUCCCUAUUAGACAGCGUGUAGCUAAGAAGAUGGAGAGGGGUAAAAUGCGGUGUCUGUCCUGAAUGGAGUUCAUGGUCACAGAAGAAAAAUAACAUCGUACUGUGUUAAUUUAUAUAGUUUUGCAGACCUUUGCGCUGCUAUGCACCGUUGUUGUUUGCUCUCCAGACUAAUUUGGUUCUGAGCAUCGGCUUUUAAAGCCUUCUUAAUUUUAUUUAUUUAUUAAAGAUGUGCUUUUCAUUUUAAACCGUGAUGUGCAAUGAAACUGUUUUACGGCUGUGUGCAACUACCAGCUGCUAAUUUAUGAACUGGAAGUAAUAGGAGUUAUUUUGUAGAAUACUGGUGCCCAGAGUGAGCACCUUCCCCCACAUUGACGACACCUUCUUUCAAGACAAUAAUGCUGCUAAUAUUCAUUGAAACGGAACUGUUUUAUUAAGAAAACCUGGUGCUUUAAAGAUGUCUUUUAAUAUGCAGCUGUUUGGUAGGAAGCCAUCUGUCCUUCUGCGGCACACUGAGGUGCCAUCCCGGGUAACAGAAAGCUUCAUCUUGUCUGGUUAUAGAUUCCCUGGUUCAAGUUUUCUGGAGUGCUUGGUAUCUGCCUUCCAGCCCACCAAUGAGACUGGUAACUUCUGGACUCAUUUCUUGGGUGUAUUUGUCUUUGGUUUCCAUUUUGUUGAGCUGUUCUGGUGGGACACAGCCCCAUUCUUCACAGACCCUUUUUACUAUCCUUUCUGGAAUUACUUCAUCGGGGUCUUAGGCCUUCUAAUUGUCAGCAGCAUGGCUCAUCUUUUCAAUUCCAUGUCCUUACUUAUCAGGGAGAUCUGCUUUUUCAUUGACUAUGGUACAAUUAGUGCCUAUACUGUGGGUUCUUCACUUGCAUACUUUUAUUACAUUAAUCCCAAACUUGUCUCAUCCACAAACUUCACAUAUGUGUGGUUAGCAGAAGAAGAAAUAAUAGAACAAGAAGGUGGCCCUUUAUUGGAUGUGCAGGUGUUCUCUGAAGUGAGCUCCCAGGCUUGGAUUCUACCCUUCAUUGCUUCUCAGGCUAGAUGGUGGUUUGAGGUCAUGUACAUUCCAACAGCAUGCCUUAUUGCCAUAGUUUGCACCCUGGCUUGCUGCAACACUCGUCAGCAGUGGCGAAAAUAUCGGUACAUCAUCCGGACACUGGUUUUCCUUUUACCUUUCGUGGUGGUCUCCAUUCCUGUUUUCUACAGGCUGUAUGCAGGAAGACACAGUACCUCCACUGCUGUAUUUUUCUUUCGCCAUUGCUUUUGGCUGGUCAUCUCUGGUGUUUUCAACAUUAGCAAGAUCCCAGAGAGGUUUUCACCUGGGAAGUUUGACAUUUGGGGUCACAGCCAUCAGUGGUUUCACUUCUGCACUUUUAUGAGCAUUCUGGAUGAACUGCACAUGAUUAAAGCAGAGAUUAAAGACUUGGGAGGGGAGCUACAUCAUCUGCCCACCUUUCUGUCAACAUUUGGGGUUAUGCUUGUCCUUCAGUGCUCCAUUGCUGUCAUUGUUACCAGGUUUGCCCUACGGGCUUAUGUGCAAGAUAGAAAAGUUAAGAGUGAAUGAACCACUUAAAGUGGCACUGACAGAGGUGGAUAGGAACUUUCUGCUGGGAAGGCAUGUCAAUGUUUUGAAUGUAGAUACGGCUGACAUUCAUGUAGUAUUUUAGCACUUUGCUUAUUUCACACAUCUUCUAACUUCAUGGAUUUGACCAAAACAUGUGACUGUUGUCAUUUUCACUGGACCACAUUUCUUAUUGCUUUUCAUCUAUGUUAUGCUGUUUUGCUAGGAUUUCAGGAGGUUUUUUCUGUACUGACAAGGUGUGCUCUUCAGAAAAAAAAAUGCAUUCUUUGGAGCUGAAGGAGGGCUACAUCUGUUUGUGUACAAGCUGGUGCAGAAUUGUACAAUUUCACAAAUACUGGCUAUGCGUCAGCAAAAAAAUAUACUACUAAAAGAACAAUGUGCUAUACUGUCAACAUGGAGUGUUAUAAUAAUCAGUUUUGGUAGGAUGCUUAUUUUAAUAAUUUUUUUUCGCACCCAUAUGCUGGGUCCAGAAGACUGAGAGGUUUGAUAAGCAUGGCUGUGCUCUGUGCAGCCAAAUGUGUUAAGAGCUUUUCUGUGGUUAUACGAAAACAGAGGGUUGGUUGUACCCACUUCUGUGGUACGUUCAGCUUUCAUCAUUUGUAGUACUGGGUUUCCCACAUUCACAGAUGUGACCUGUACCAUAAUCUCUGAAAUGUCACACUUACAUGUAGUACUGUGUUUGCAUGUUCACCAUUACCAGGGACUUCCAUUUUCUUCAAACAUCUGUUAUGCAUUAUGGGGUGAAAGUGGUUGAAAAUGCAAGGACUGUAAGCUAUGCUGUAUCUGCAUUUAAGAAUUUAAGGUGCUUGAGGGUGUGGUAUUAGCAGUACUGCAAGACACUGCAGAUUUUCAGAUCACUACUUCUUUGCAUGAAAGUACUGCAGAGGUCAUAUGAGGAUUCCUGCUGCUAGAAAUCUUGGAUUAAACAACUGUGCACCAUCUCUGGAAACAAAGUGAUAGGAAUUACUAGGAAAAUUUUCAUUAUAAACCAAAUACUAUAUAGAAUUGUAGCAAUUAUAUAUGCACUGUAUUAUAUGGGGGGUGUCAACUGCUGUAUUAAUGCUGCAGGUAUUCAAGCCAUAGUGCUUAACCCUUUGCUGACUGAUUUCUGCUCAUCUUCCUGGAAAUGACUUAAAAAUAUAUACAAGUCUGAGAAAGGAAGGCUUUGUCUAUGCCUCUGACAAUAGUAGGUUGGAAUUCUUUGCUUGGGAUUUUAAAUUAGAUAAAAAAACUGGAAACCUAUACGGGUAACAAUUUUAUUUACUGUAGGUCUCUGGUAUUUUGGAGAGUGCAUUCCCUGUGAAUGCUGUGUGACUCUUUGGAUAUAAUAAGGAUAUUAGAUGAAGCCUUUGAUGUUUCAUAUUCCUGCUGGUAAGGACUUUGGUGCAGACAUAAAAAUUAUGUUUCUGUUUUGUGAAAAAAUGACUAUACAUACAACUUGAUUGAAUGAUAAUGUUGCUGAAAUAGGGACACAAAUGUUGCACCCAAGCAAAUGAGUGUGAAUGUACAUGUGGGGACAAUAGUGAUCCUCAAAUAUGUUUCCUUCACUGUAGUAUGCUGUUGCAUGUAUCAUGGUAGUGGGGUAUGGUGGGAUUCAGUAAUUUAUAGUUAAGGUGUAAAUGACUGCUGGGCAGUAAUGGCACAUUCAUGCUGCUUUUUUAUCAGUAGUGCUCAGUUUUCACUACAGUUUUUUCUGCAAUACUGGUAGUAACUUUCAUUUUAGGAACUGACAAGCAGCAACAAACUGGGGUAGUUUUAGGGGUAUAUAUUGGGGUAUCAGGUUCUACUGUGCCAGUGAUGUACCACUGGAAAGAAAUUAAGCAAGCCAUGUUUUUUUACUUGAACAUUGUAAUCAGACUUAUGGAAAAUAUCUUGUUAAAAAAAACAAAAGACCUCAGUGAAUGAAACAAAAAUAUUUUGUGUUCUGAUUAGAUGCUCUACUGUGUACCAGUUCAUACAGAUCAGUAGCAUCCAUCUGCAUGGCACAACAGCUGUCAGUAAUAAUAAAUACUGUUGAAUAUAAAAAA